AUGCCCCUGCUACAAUAUGCACGCACGGCACCAUUUAUUACAAUUCACCUUCUCUUUUCUUCUUCUUUAAUCUUCUCGCCGCGCCCGCCCGGUGCCGGCCGGCAGGAGCGUCCAGACCGCGAGCAACAAGCGACCCCCACGAAGGCCCAAGCGACAAUGAUGCUGCGCCGCUUUUUCCUCUGCGUGCUUCUCCUCGCCCUCUGCUGCGCCUGCGCGUUUGCCGCGGCAGAGGGUCAAAGUGCAACUGCUUCAGUUCCUGAUCCUGAUGCCGAGACCACGACGACGACGACGACGACGGAGGCUCCUGCCGACACGGACGACGACGACGACGACGAAGGCGCCCGAGGGCGACGGGAGCAGGCCGGGCGGCCCCGCGUGGGUGCAAUUGCCGCCGCUGCUGCUGCUCGGCGCGGCGGCGGUGGCGGCGGCCGCGGUGGACGGGGAGGGU